GACUUAUAGAGGCUGGCAUUGUAAUCUGUGGAAAAACAAAAUAAAUUUUUAAGUGUGCGGAUCGGCCGUGUGUCUGGCUUAUUUUAUUUUCCUUUCGAAAGCUUACGUUUUUGUGUAAUAUAAUGAAUAACAAUAAGAUAAAUGAUAAUAACAGUAAAAUAACUUCAGACAAUAAAUAAUUAUGUGCUUAGAACUAAGGCGUUCUAGUAUGAUUUAAUAUUUCGAAAUUUGACUUCGCUUGAGCUGUGGCAAAAACAAAUGAAGAUUUAAGUUUCUGGACAAGAAAAUAGACAAAUUGGACGACACUCAGUUAACUGAUGCCGACGACAAUAAACUAGAAUAUCGCAACGAUACAUUCCGCGAUAUCGAAUCAAUUGAACAAGACUGAUUUUAAGUAGUAUACGCACAUUCCUCAGCAAAUAAUGUUAAAGUAGGAAAACACAAACAUGUUCAAGUUACUCGGAGGCUUGAGCGUUUACUUCAAGUACCAGCCGAUCAAGACAGAUAAUGCUGUGUUCAGACUGCACAAUGUAUUCACAACAGUUUUACUUCUGACCUGCUCGGUGAUUAUAACCGCUACGCAGUAUGUCGGGCAGCCCAUCCAGUGCAUUGUUGGAGGAGGGCUCCCAGCGAACGUUGUUAACACUUUCUGUUGGAUCACAUCUACGUUUACGAUGCCGGAUGCCUUUGCUAGAGAGAUGGGCAAAGAGGUAGCGCAUCCUGGCGUCAUGAACGAGUACGACAGCACCCAAGAGAAGAAGUACUACACGUACUACCAGUGGGUGUGCUUCGUGCUUUUCUUCCAGGCAAUAAUGUGCUACACACCCAAAUACCUGUGGGACGCCUUCGAAGGCGGCCUCUUGCAAACCAUCGUCAUGGGGCUGAACGUCGGCAUCUGCCACGUCGAAGAGAAGGAGAAGAAGAAAGAUGUAAUCAUUGGAUACCUUCUCAGGCACGAAAGGACGCACAAACUGUACGCGCUGAGGUAUUGGGGCUGCGAGCUGCUCUGCCUCAUCAACAUCGUGCUGCAGCUGUGGAUGAUGGACGCCUUCUUCAACGGCGAGUUCUUCUCCUACGGCACCAGGGUUCUGGGCUACAGCGAAGUUCCGCAAGAGGAAAGAUAUGAUCCGAUGAUCUACGUGUUCCCGAGAGUUACCAAGUGUACGUUCCAUAAGUACGGAGCGUCGGGCACCAUCCAGACUCAUGAUUCGCUCUGCAUCCUACCGCUCAACAUAGUUAACGAGAAGACCUACAUCUUCCUGUGGUUCUGGUACAUCAUACUCGCAUUCAUCCUAGCCCUACUCGUCCUCUACAGACUGAUUAUAAUCUUCGUGCCAUCAGUCCGGCCGCGUCUGCUGCACGCGCGGUCGCGGACGAUCGCCAUGGAGACCGCAGUGAUCGUGUCGCGGCGGACCGACGUCGGCGACUGGUGGCUUCUGUACAUGCUCGCUAGGAACAUGGACCCUCUUAUAUACAGAGAGUUAAUAUCGGAGCUGAUAAAGCGUAUGGGUGAAAAGAGUGGCCCUCGCGCGUGACGAGCAGCCAAGCCGGAGACGAGCGUUGCCAUCGUCGGGGACUGACCGCGGCCUUCUCGCAACUCUGUAUAUAGCAAGAGUAUUACUGUAAUUAUACGAAACGUAUUUAAUUGUUACUUUUCAGUUGCAUGAGACAACACGCUUAAGGCUGUUUUGCGCCGGAGCAAUGUGACAAUGCGGCAUGCUAUAAAUGGAAAUAUCAAUUUUGCGGCCUUAAGCAGCAUGCGACAGUCAUUUCGGUUCAACAUCGUGCUGUAGAAUAGGAAUAUUAUGAUUCUACAGUGCCAGAUUCAUGCUUAUUAAAUUUUAUUGUAGCCUGUGACAUGCCGCAAUGUCGCUCUUUAUGGCGUAAAACGACCUUAAGGUAUCAUCCAGAGCCUCACUCACUUUGAUAAUACUAUUUUAUUGUUUGGUGAUUAGCUAGCUCCAAAUCGAUUUUACAAAUCAUUAGUUCCAAAUAGACGAAAUAUGGUAUAUCGACAGUGAACUGGCAACACGGUACUAUCUCCGUUUUAACAAGUUUACAGUAACUUAUUUCCUUCAGCUAAAUCAUUAUUGUCAUCGUCAAUCGAUAUAGUCCACCGCUGGACAUAGGUCUCUUGCAGGGAUGACCACACUUGCGC